UCGGACAUUUCGGCACGGAUAUUUCGGCGCGAAGACAAAUUGGCGCUGGGCAUUUCGGCGCGGCUAACCUAACUAUACCUAGUAUUAAAUGUUUUCGUAAUAUUUUUUUUUUUAAAUAAAAUUAUCCGUAAUCACCGUAAUAACCGUAAUCGUCAAUAGUACAAUCCAGUCAAUUAUGUGUAACGUAAAAACCGAUUAAAUAGGUAAGAUAAAGGUAGGUACCAGCAGUUAAGAUAAAGCGAUGAAUCGACCGUCUGACCGUAGACGUGUAGAGUAUUAACUGUAGUUUGUAAGUCAGUCAUAGUGGAAUAGUCGAUCAGUAAUAUUCAGUUAUAAAAAUUUCUAAUUAAGAUGUCAAAUAAUUUACUAUCAAAUCGUGGACGUGAAAUUUUACCGAAAGACGGUUUCAUGUAUGUCUUCGAUAAAUUUAAUUUUAAUAAUACAAUGCGAUUUUGGAGGUGUCGCAAUAAAGAUUCUUGUAAUUGUCGAAUUCAUACAGGAAUCAAUGAUUAUAUUAUUCGAAAAAAAAUGAACGACCAUACGCAUGAUUCUGAGGCAGCUAAAAUUGAAGUAGAGGCUGCAAUUACAAAAUUUAAGACAUGUGCACUUCAAACAAUGGAGCCUACAUCAGUUGUAAUAAACGAAUGUGUUGGACCUUUAUCCGAAGCAGCUAAAGCCACUUUGCCAAAUAAUUCAUCAUUGAAAAAAACGGUUCGCCGAAAACGUCAGGAAAUCCAAAUGGCUCCAAAUAAUCCAGCUGAUCUAACUACACUUAACAUCCCACCCGCUUAUACUAUGUAUUCUCCAUCAAACGGUAAUGAGGAAAUAUUUUUACAAAGUGAUAGUGGUCCGGGACCUAAUAGAAUAUUAAUUUUUGAUCGAUCUAAGAGCCUAGAUAUUUUGGAGAAUUCAAAAAUUUGGUACAUGGAUGGGACAUUUAAAGUUGCACCUACAUUAUUCAGUCAAGUUUAUGUAAUAUUAGCUGAAUAUUUACACGGUAUCGUGCCUAUGGCUUACAUUUUACUCCCUGAUAAACAAUCAGUCACAUAUGAUUAUAUGUUUUCAAUGUUAAAAAAUGUAAGACCUAAUUUAAAACCUAAAUCAAUUUCAUGCGAUUUCGAACAAGCAGCCAUAAAAUCAAUAAAUAAAAAAUAAAAAAAAAAAUUUUAAAAACACACUUUUCCAUAAAAACAUUUAAAAAAAAAUUUUAAAAAUUGCACUAAAAAGACAAAAAUAAUUCUCUGUACUUAAAAAUAAUGAAAAAUUUAUUGAUGAAAAAUUUAAAAGUGUGUGGUGCUCAUACACUUGACAUAUAUUCCCAGUCACUAUCUAAUAAACAUGAUUGAACAAAGAAGUGUAUGUGAGACUUUCCUUGGCUUUUAAAUUUUUCAUCAGUAAAUUUUUCAUUAUUUUGCUCUUAUACUUGACAUAUACUGCCAGUCACUAUCUUAUAAACAGGAUUGAACAAAGAAGUGUAUGUGAGACUUAGCUCGGCUUUUAAUGUUUUGUAUGAUGCACCACACACUUUUAAAUUUUUCAUCAAUAAAUUUUUCAUUAUUUUUAAGUACAGAGAAUUAUUUUUGUCUUUUUAGUGCAAUUUUUAAAAUUUUUUUUUAAAUGUUUUUAUGGAAAAGUGUGUUUUUAAAAUUUUUUUUUUUAUUUUUUAUUUUCUACUUUUUAGUUGAAAGUAAAUAUUUUUAUUAAACGUUUAAGAAAUAUGUUAAGCUUCGUAAGAGGUUGCGGUUUUUUUUGGGGAAGAGAGAAAGUUCAAUAUCUGCGAGAGAUAUUACGGCGACGUCGUGGGGACAAUCCUUUUUUUUUUUUUUGGUCCAUGUCCCAAAAUGACAACGGAUUAUUGUAUUGUCAUCCAAGACCAAGGUCUAUACCAAUUUUCAGAAUUUUUCAUCUUCAAAAAGUGCCUCAAAUCGAGCGCGCAAGAUUUGAUCACAGACAGACGUGAAACCAAACUUAAGAAAAGUGUUAAAAAAGCAUUUUCUGAUGUUAAAAUAUAAGGGUGUUUUGUUUAUUUCAUUUGUCGAAAAAUUUUAAAAAACAAGUUGGUGUAUUAAAUCUCACAACUCGAUACAAUAAUGACGCUGAUUUUUUUAUAUCAGUUAAAAUGAUAAUUUCAUUAGCUUUUGUAAGAUUAGAAGACCUUGAUAUUGCAGUUGAUUCACUGGCUCAACAUCUUGAUGAAGAAUUAAAUGACUUAUUAGAAUGGUUCGAAGAUAAUUAUAUAGAUCGAACUAACCGUAAUGGUCGGGGAAGAAGAAAUGCGCGUUUCCCUCCGGAAAUUUGGAAUCUAUAUGAUAGACUCUUAAAUUCUGAAAAUAGGACAAAUAAUCAUGCUGAGGCAGCAAAUAGGAGAUUAAAUAUUGAAAUGGGAGUGUGUGGCCCAAUAAUUUGGACAUUUAUAAAUUGCUUGAGAAGGGUCCAAACAGGCCACGAUGUUUUUAUAGCGCAACUAACUGCUGGAGGGAGUCCCCCUAAAAAAUUAAGAAAAUACACUGACCUAAAUCACCGAUUAUAUAAAAUAGUAAGCGAAUAUAAUAUAAGAAAUUGCAUUGAGUAUUUAAAAGGAAUCGCACAUAAUAUUUCUUUAAAAUAAAUUUCAAUUGUAUAUUAUUAACAUUUUAUUUAUAUUAAUUCAUUUUUUUUUUAAUUAAUUUUAUCUAACAUUAUAUUAUCAACAUUAUAUUUAUUUGUAUUUUUUAAAAUUGUAAUAUUGGAAUAAUAUAUUUAUUUGUAUUUUUAAAAUUGUAAUAUUGGAAUAAUGAUAUAGGUAAUAUUAUUUAUUUUGUAUUUUUUAAAUUGUAUAUUAAUAUACCUGCGGCGCCGAAAUGCCCAGCGCCGAUUUGUCUUCGCGCCGAAAUAGCCGUGCCGAAACGGCUGUGCCGAAAUGUCCUAGAUCCGUUAGUACUGAUAAUACACGCAAUUGCCUUUAAAAAUUUUUCUUACGUAUAUAUAUUCCGUAUCUUCAUCAAUUCGACUAAAUACAUAAACAUUUUACAGGUCGCAUCUUUUCAUCAAUUUUUAUUUUUUAUACGUUGAAAUUUCAAUAUUUUUUUUCUAUUACUAUUUACUAUUGAAUACCACGAAUAAAUAUAUAAAACUAAAACAAUUUUACCACUUGCUGUAUAUAAUAUAAUAUGGAAUACGUAAUUGCCUCAGUUCUAGUGAAUGAUUUCUGGAGUUUCGUAAACGCAUUCGCGCACUCAACUUGAAAUAUUGUAUGUUUCAAAAUAUGUCAAAAAUAAUUGAACUUUUUCCUCUUGUGAGUUAUUUUUCAAUAUUAUAUUCCAUAUUGGUUUAACUUCUGCGCGACUGCCGAUUGGUAAAAACAAACAGUAAGUAGGUCUUGCGACACAACAUAUUAAAUAUGUUAUAUGUAAAUCGGCUACUUACAAGCAUGCAGUGGAAAAAACUUAAUUUAUUAUUUGUAAGGAAGCUGCAAGUUCAAAGUCCAUAAAAAUUAAAUAAUAAUAAUUCAAUAUUUUAUAAACAUAACAAAUUUAUAACUA